GGACAGGAGAUGUGACAUGGAGGAGAGUGCAGGGACAGGAGAUGUGACAUGGAGGAGAGAGUGCAGGGACAGGAGAUGUGACAUGGAGGAGAGAGUGCAGGGACAGGAGAUGUGACAUGGAGGACAGUGCAGUGACAGGAGAUGUGACAUGGAGGACAGUGCAGUGACAGGAGGGAGAGAGGUUGUCACAUGGAGGGCAGAGACGUGACAGGAGGCAAAGCAGUUGUGACUGUAGGUGGGGGGUUGCAGGAGUGUUUGUGACAUGGAGGACAGUGCAGUGACAGGAGAUGUGACAUGGAGGAGAGUGCAUUGAAUGGAGGGAGAGGGGUUGAGGCAUUGAGAAGCCUAGUGACAGGGGAAGAGGAGAUGUGACAUGGAGGAGAGAGGUUGUCACAUGGAGGGCAGAGGAGUGACAGGAGGGAAGGCAGUUGCCGGACUGUGGGUGACAUGCAGAGUGCAGUGUCAGGGGGGAGCAGUUAUGUAUGGGAGAGAAGUGGUCCCAUGCGGGACAAUACAGUCAGGGAUGAAUGAGAAAAGACAGCACACGGAGGAGAGUGCAGGAGAGUGCAGUGACAUAAGGAAGGAGAGCGUCAAGAUGAGGCAGAUGAGAGUGCAGGAUAGAAGCUAAAACUGCCGCACAACCAGACGAGGGCAGAGAAAGAGACGUCACUGAGAAUGCCCUGAUGGGAGAGAUAACAGGCAGUGAGAGUGCAGUGACAGGAGAGGAGGAAUGUGUGACAAUGAGAGUGCGCUGCCAGGAGGAAGAACGUAGGGACAGUGGAGGAGUGAGAGCAGGAGCCUGAACAGAGGACAACGACAGCAGCGAGGAGUCUGUCAUGAACUCAGUGUGGCUGUGAGACUCUUCAGUGACAGGAGGAGAGUGCAAGUUACAGAAAGGAGAGUGACUGCAAGGAGUGAGAGAAACAGUGACAUGGAGGAGAGUGCACACAGAGAAAGGAGUGACUGACAGAGGUGAGAAAAACAGUGACAUGAAGGAGAGAGAGCAGAGCUGUGACAUGGAGGAGAGUGCAUGUACAGAAAGGAGUGCAUCUGCCAGGAGUGAGGAGAAAAAGUGACACUUUGGAAGGAGUGCAGUGACAUGGAGGGGGGUGCAGUGACAUGGAGGGGAGUGCAGUGACAUGGAGGGGAGUGCAGUGACAUGGAGUGGAAUGCAGUGACAUGGAGGGGAGUGCAGUGACAUGGAGGGGAGUGCAGUGACAUGGAGGGGAGUGCAGUGACAUGGAGGGGAGUGCAGUGACAGGUGCAAGAGGACGUGAGGAAGGGGGCAGUGUUGGGGGCAUGCAUUGGAAAGCAAUAUGGUUGCCUGAUGAGGUAGCACACCUGUAUGGAGGAAUCUGAAGAAGGGAGAGAUGCCUGUACAUAAGGUCUAGGGGAUGUUCUCCAUGGUUUGCACUGAGAAGUGUAGAACAGGCGCAGUAAUAUUGGGACAUUAUGGAUAGCUUGGGAACAACAGCUUUGGUGAAUGUAGGAAUAAUGCAUGGGGGACGAUGGUGCAAAUACUAAUAAUGAGAAGUAGUUCUGACUCUAAGGAGCUGUGGAGGAGGUGAAAGAAGGAGAGCAUGCAUGGAUAGUGCUGGAACCAUACCUGUCCCAUGGAGACACCUGGACGUUACCACUAGAACUACAUCCUGGAUCCUCUUCAGUUCCCAUUUCACACAGGAUGUUGAGUGUCAGACUUGAAGACUUUUUGGAGAGGUCCACCCUUUCUUCAGCAUCUCGGAGUGCUUCUCUUGGGCCUCACAGCAACAGUUCUGGAAAUUGUUGGAUUUUCCUUUCUGAACCACUUUGGAGUUUAUACUACUGGGUCCUGCUAGGGCUUGGGUCAAACAUACCAAUAGUUUCUGGAGGUUGCAUCAUCUGUGGAGGCCAGCACACUGGAGAUUGGACUCAUCAACAUAUGGAGGCGGAAACUGCUUCAAACCACUCAGAAACUGUUCGUGGAGGCUGCAUCCACUUCUCUGGAUUGUGCAAUGUCUUGUGCCCAGCCUCCCACUCCAAGGUCAACGUCAGCUUCAAGAUUUCCAGACCACUCGUCUUAGGCAGGGCUUGGUAUCAGCCGACACGACCUAAAAUAAAAGGGUGGGAUGGUGAUGUUUGAGGAAGCUGACGGACAGUUUUCAGGGAGUUGUAGUGGGCAAGAUAUGAGCCUGAAGGCUUUAGCUAUGGUGGGCAUCGAUAAUGGGGCAAAGCUGCAGAGAAGGAGAAUGGAAAGUUAAAAGAGGCUGAUGAUGAGAGGGCAAAUGGAGGAUGAGAGAGUUGUGGACCAGGAGGAGAGUAACGUUUCUUUCAGGUCUGGAAGUAUCCCAGACCAGGGUUAGAUGUUGGGAGGAGGAGAAUCUGGUGAUCCAUUCCUGAUAAGGUGAUCAGAGGGUGGAUAAUGGGUCAGAAAGAGAGUGAAGGCUGAAAACAGGAGUGGUCUUGAUCAGAGAGAGAAGAUGCAGAAUGGAGGUCUAAGGAAAGAAGAAAUAUUGCAGAGUUGAGAAGGGAGGCUGCAUGGCUGGACAUCUUGUGAUGGAGCCAGUGGAAGGAGGCUGGAUGGAGAAGGUUAGGAGGAAAGGAGACAUGUCUGGAUGCAGGAGGAAUCUUGCAGCAUAUGGCUGGAGAUCCAGACAGAAGGAAAGGGAGAGGAUAUUUCAGAGGAGGGCUAGAGCAAGGAGAGAGGGGAUAGGGCAGAGGAGAGGUAGUGCAUGUGAAGAGAAGGGGCAUCUUGUGAUGGAGCCAGUGGAAGGAGACUGGAUGCAGAAGGUUAGGAAAGGAGAGAGGUCUGGAUGCAGAAGGAAUCCUGCUGGAGAUGCAGACAUAAGGAAAGGGAGAGGAUAUUGCAGAGGAGGGCUAGAGCAAGGAGAGAGGGGAGGCUGCAGAAAUAUCUGCUCAUCACGUGUGCCCGGGGGCGGGCCCUGUUUUACUAGUAUUUACUACGAUCCCCCUAUUAGCUCAGAGCCCAGGCUGUCAGCCUGUUCAUGCCAUGCACUAAUCACCCUCUGCCCAGGACCCCAGCCCAGCAUGGCAGAGCCACUUGCGGACCUGAUGUCAACAGCCGCUGCCAGGGGGGACCUGGAGCAACUAGAGGACCUGCUGCAGAGGACAACCAAUGUGGAUGCACCUAACAGAUUCGGCAGGACAGCCUUACAGGUGAUGAGGCUUGGUUGCCCGGCCAUUGCCAGCCUCCUGCUGAGAAGAGGCGCUGACCCCAACCUGCAGGACAGCAGCGGCUUCUCUGUCCUCCAUGACACUGCCAGGGCCGGCUUCCUGGACACUCUGCAGAUUCUUCUGGACUUCCAGGCUGAUGUCAACCUGAAGGACCACGACGGCAACAUAGCCUUGCACCUGGCAGCCAUGGAGGGUCACCUGCCCAUGGUGCAGUACCUGGUCCUGCAAACUGACACCAGGGUGACCCAGAGGAACAUGAAUGGGGACACUCCCUGUGACCUGGCUAGGAUGUACAAGAGGGAGCACGUGGUGCUGUGGCUACAGAGCAAUGCCAGGGGCCAAACAGGAGAUGGGCAGUGAUGCCCGGGAAAGGGGCCCAUCCAGGAGAAGCCAGCCUGCAGAUGCAGUGAUUAUUGGCACCUUUCAAUGUUAGCAUGGACCUCAGAGACUCUAUGUGAAGCUAAGAGUACACUUGGGGAUGCUGCAGGCCUUGCUGGCUGGAUGUAACCCGAGGGGUGUCACAGGGUCAUCAUUUUGUUUGCUUUCACCUGGUUUAAUAUGAAUGUGAUUUUUUUUUUUUUAAGGGGGGUGGGGGGUGGGGGGUGGGGAUGUUCUUAAAAAUUGUAGCACUUAGUGCACCAGAUCCAGGGCUGAGGCUGGUAGCAAGCACUAUGUUGUGGGGAGGGGAUCCCCACAGAGACUGCUGCCCAUCUGCUAGGCUUAUGUGCUCUAUUUACUGAAGAUCUGCAGCCAUUCCCUGCCCAUGUAGACCUUUGUAUUUGUGUUCUGUUACUUCCUCAUUGUAUGGACCAGUCCUGAGCUUAGGACAACCAGUGAUUAAGCCAUUGUCACUGGGCAGAGACUGACCUGGCAUCCAAUGGUCUGAAAAUACAAGUCUGUAGAAAUGCACAGAGGCUGUCUUGUUGUAUUCUCCAUGCCUCUGGUCAAGAAAUGGUUAAAGUCAGCUCCAAAACUCCUCCUCAAAAUCUUCUUCCCUGUUCUUCUCUGUGCAGGCUGGAUGCCAUGCAAAUCUCCAUGUCCAUUGUAUGCGCUGUAUCUUUGGCUGCAAGUAAAUCAAUCACCUUGGUACCAUGA